CUUCGGACUGGACAUAAAAUUUGCAUCAGAGCAAAGGAGGUCACAAAAUCCGCUCGUCGUCACCACACUUGCGCGCACGUCCUCGGCGCACGGUCUCGCGGAGAAGACCAUAGCGAUAAGAGAUAGAAAGCAAGAAUUCCCACAAAGAUAGAUAGAUAGAUAUAGAUAUAGACUCUCAGAUUACAAAAAAUGGCGUUGAACCAAACGCUACUAUCCCCAGUACCACCAUUAUCAUAUUCAUCCACGACCACUAGAACGGCGGCUACGAGGAACUUCGUUUGCUUAAUACCCAAAACCCAAUUCCCCAACCUCAGUGUACCCUCUCUGCUCCCAUCUUCAUCCGCCAAUCGGUGCUUGCGCUUGAGAUGUUCAGUGGAUUACCACGACCAGCAGCAGUACAAUUACAGCGCUCAGAUGGCGUUCCCGAGGCCUGCGGAGAUCCCGUGGAGUAAGGAACACAGUAACACGGUGCACCUCAUAGGCAUCGUCGGAACCCAAGUCGAGAUCAAGCACUUACCCUCAGGCAAAGCCCUUGCCUGGACCCGCCUGGCCGUCAAGAAGUCCUCCUCCCUCACCUCCUGGAUAAACUUGACGUUUUGGGAUGAGCUAGCGCAUAUUGCUUUUCAGCAUGUGGAGAAAGGCCAGCAAAUAUACAUAUCGGGUCGCCUGGUGUCAGAUACAGUUGAAAGCGAGGAUGGAAGACAGCAGACAUACUACAAGGUAGUUGUUCAGCAACUGAAUUUUGUUGAAAGGAGCCUCUCAUCUUUCCCUUUGAAUGAUCGUGAAUCUAAUUCUGUGAUGGCAGGGAAAAAGCUUGGAAAUAAUGCUGCAAGCAAUGUUGGUUCUGUUGAAGAAUUAUGGCAAGCCUUCUUUGCUAAUCCAGUGGAUUGGUGGGAUAAUAGGAAGAACAAGAAAAACCCAAAAUAUCCAGAUUUUAAGCACAAAGAUACUGGAGAAGCUUUGUGGGUCGAAGGCAGGUACAAUCCACCAUGGGUGAAGUCCCAACUAGCAAUACUGGAUACACGAAUGGGGUCUCUUUAUGAUCAGGAUACCAGGAUGGAUGCAAAUUUAAUGGCUGCUGAUAAAUUUUUGCCUUUCUAAGUGCUUGUGAUGCUGGUAUUGGGCCAAUGGUGUAAUUUCUCUAUUUAUUUUUCUCAUUUUGCCUAAUAUUCUGGAAGAUCUCCAAAGAAUAUGUUGAUUAUUUGUGGCCUACAAUAUUCAUCUUACAUUAUGUGCAGAUUAUUUGUAGCUCUGUAUUUGUCUUCAAACCCUUCUUGUGUAUGUGAGGAAAUUUUGUCUUGAGAUCUAAACAUCUCUUAUAAAGAUUAUGGUUUAUUAAUUA